GGUUAGCUCAAGCUAGUUAUUUUUCUGCCACUCUUCAAUCCUAGAAAGUCUCAUCUUUUCACGACAAAUCGCUUUGCGAUAUCCUGUCGGGUCCAUUCCCAUCUCACUUAGUUCUGUGCUACGCAGUUAACCCAGUUAUUUAUCCAAGUUACGUCGACUGUUUUGAAUUUCUGCCAGGUCGAAUCACAAUGGACGACGACCUUUUCGAUGUCUUCAACGAGAAGCCGGCCGAUAAAAAGGCCGGAACUCAAAGCCAGGAUGGUGACCCAUCUCCGGCGGGAAAGACGACUAAGUCAAAGAAGAAGGACAAGAGAAGCAAGAAGCGUAAAGCUGAUGGCGCAAUGAAGAAUGGCGUUGAAACUGCCGCAUCUGCACCGUCCGCGCCUGAGAUCGAUAUGGCUGAUAUUCAGCCAACCUCUCCCGAAGAGGACGGCGUCGAAGAGCAUGCUGUAUCAGAUAGCCAGGGCGACAAUAAAAGACGGCGAAAAGAUGGUGUCGCGGAACCUGUGCUGACUGAUACCUUUGAGACCGCCGAGUCCAGAGAAGUUGCUGCAGCCGCAGGAUUUGCCGCUACGAAGGAGGAAGAUUCUCUUGUCUUGUCGCACAACAUCCAGCAUCAAGUUGCCCUACCGCCAGAUCUAGACUACGAAUAUGUUCCGCUUUCCGAGCACAAACCGCCCGAAGACCCUGCUCGAUCUUGGCCGUUCACGCUCGAUCCUUUUCAACGCCUCUCUAUCUCCUCCAUAGAACGGGAUGAAAGUGUGCUUGUAUCAGCGCAUACAAGUGCUGGAAAAACCGUGGUUGCCGAAUAUGCCAUCGCGCAAUGUCUUAAGAGGAAUCAGCGUGUCAUCUACACAAGUCCUAUCAAGGCACUCAGCAACCAGAAGUACCGAGAGUUCAAUGAGGCCUUCGGUGACGUUGGCCUUAUGACCGGCGAUGUCACAAUCAACCCUACAGCUAGUUGCCUCGUUAUGACGACGGAGAUUCUGCGGUCCAUGUUGUAUCGAGGAUCAGAGAUCAUGCGUGAAGUGGCCUGGGUCGUGUUUGAUGAGAUCCACUACAUGCGGGACAAGUCGCGUGGUGUCGUAUGGGAGGAAACCAUUAUCCUUUUGCCAGACAAGGUGCGGUAUGUCUUUCUGUCCGCUACUAUUCCAAAUGCCUUCCAGUUUGCCGAAUGGAUUGCAAAGAUUCACCGUCAGGCCUGCCACGUCGUUUAUACCGAUUUCCGGCCUACGCCUCUGCAGAACUAUUUCUUCCCAGCCGGCGGAUCAGGCAUCUUCCUAGUUGUUGACGAGAAGGGCGUUUUCCGGGAACACAACUUUAAUAAGACAAUGCAACUGCUAGAAGAUCGAAAAGCAGCUGAAGCUAACGACCCGAAUGCCAAACAAACGGGCAAGGGCAAGCAUAAGAAAAACUUUAAGGGGAAACAGAAUGAUUCUCAACAAGCAGACAUCCAGAAGAUUGUAAAGAUGAUUAUGAAUAAAAAUUUCAAUCCCGUCAUCGUGUUCAGUUUCAGCAAGAGGGAAUGCGAGAUGUUUGCCCUUCAUACCUCGAAGUACGCUUUCAAUGAUGAAAGCGAGAAAGCAAUGGUACGCAAGGUGUUCACUAGCGCUAUCGAGUCAUUAUCCGAAGAGGAUCGCGAGCUUCCUCAAAUCCAAAAUAUCCUCCCGCUUCUAGAGAAGGGUAUUGGCAUCCAUCACUCCGGUCUCCUACCCAUUCUGAAGGAGACAAUUGAGAUCCUCUUCCAGGAGGGGCUUAUCAAGGUUCUCUUUGCGACUGAAACCUUCUCUAUCGGUCUGAACAUGCCUGCAAAGACUGUCGUCUUUACGAAGGUGACGAAGUUUGAUGGCACAGCAAUGCGUCCUCUUACCCCGUCAGAAUACAUCCAAAUGUCUGGUCGUGCCGGUCGUCGAGGUCUUGAUGAACGUGGUAUCGUCAUCAUGAUGGUCGACGAGAAGUUAGAACCUGAGACCGCAAAGGGCGUUGUUAUCGGCCAGCAAGACCGUCUUAACUCAGCCUUCCACCUUGGAUACAACAUGGUCUUGAACUUGCUCCGAAUUGAAGCGAUCUCUCCUGACUUCAUGUUAGAAAACUGUUUCUUCCAGUUCCAGAACACAGCCGGUGUUGCUGGUCUUGAGCACGAGCUGAUGAAAUUGCAGAAGGAGCGUGAUGAGAUGGUUAUUCCGGAUGAAGCAACUGUUAAAGACUACUACAGCCUACGUCAGCAGCUAUCGCAAUACACCAAAGAUAUGUUGCACGUUAUCCAGCACCCUAACCACUGCAUAGAAUUCUUGCAACCUGGACGUUUAGUUCAAAUUGCAAACCCAAAGACUGGAAAGGAUUUCGGCUGGGGAGUAGUACUUGACUUCACGAAACGCAAAGAGCCAAAGUUUGGCGAGAAAGAGUAUGAGCCACAAGAGUCAUACUUCAUUGACGUUUACCUCCGCCUCGACCCUGACUGUGAUCCCUUCGGGCCUGCUAAUCCCUCAACGGAAAUGCCAGUCGGUGCUGCACCGAACGAUCCAGGCAAGGAUGGCAUAUUUGAGGCAGUUCCUUGUAUGCUCACUUGCAUCAAGGCGCUCAGUCAAAUCCGCGUGUUCAUGCCCAAAGAUAUCUCGUCGCGAGAAGAUGUUGAGUCUGUUCGGAAACAGCUCUUUAAAGCCUUGAAAGAGGUUGAACGACGUUUCCCCGACGGCUUGCCCGUGUUAGAUCCUAUUGAGAAUAUGAAUAUCACGGAUGAUUCAUUCAAGAAACUUCUUCGCAAGAUUGAGGUCUUGGAAUCGCGCUUGUUAUCUAACCCCUUACACGGCUCCCCGUUGCUGCCUGAUCUAUGGGAACAGUACUCGAAGAAGAUUGCGCGAACUGAUGAGAUAAAGAACCUCAAGAAGAAGAUAGGCAAGGCACACUCUAUCGCGCAACUGGAUGAGCUCAAGUCAAGAAAACGAGUGUUGCGACGCCUCGGCUUUAUCAACGAGGGCGAGGUUGUCCAGAUGAAGGCCCGCGUCGCUUGCGAGAUCUCAUCAACAGAGGGCCAUGAGCUUUUGCUUUCUGAGCUGCUUUUCAACCGUUUUUUCAACGAAUUGUCGCCUGAACUUAUUGCCGCGGUGCUUAGUGUAUUCAUCUUUGAGGAGAAGGUUGAGGCACCAGCUCUCCCCGAGGAGCUAAUGAAACCAUUUUCGCAAAUCCAGGCUCAAGCUCGUAUCAUCGCCAAGGUCAGCCAGGAAAGCAAGCUAGAAGUUAACGAGGACGAAUAUGUCCAAAGCUUGAAGUAUCAAUUGAUGGAAACAGUCUAUGCCUGGGCUAAUGGCAAGUCUUUUGCAGAUGUCUGUAAAAUGACUGGUGCUUACGAAGGUUCUCUCAUUCGUCUUUUCCGCCGCCUUGAAGAGCUUCUUAGACAGAUGGCCCAGGCCGCUAAGGUUAUGGGUAGUGAAGACUUACAGAGCAAGUUCGAAGAGAGCUUGACUAAGAUUCGUCGUGAUAUCGUGGCUGCUCAGUCCCUUUACCUAUAAUGGGUUCUCAAUGUACUCUUCAAUGGAUUAUCAUGCGUUUCCUUUGAGCAUUGCAUGAGCUACUUGCUUGGGGACUCUAUGAACCAGUGGUUUACCACUACGUAGUAGGCUCCACACGCCGUGGUCUCGUCUGUGGAUUCUGCAUUGGUACUUUUCUGCUUUUCAAGGAGUUUGGGGGAUACCACUACGUUCAUGUUCUCAAAAAGGAGAGAGUGGAGGUAAGGGGAUGAGAUAUACUUAUGUAAUUUUCGGUCUAU